AUGCCGUGGUUGAAUAAACCUCAGGGUGUGCUGUCGUCGUCACCACGAGCAUUAAAUUGUGAAUACCAGUACUACUACACCAGUUGUCGAGUGAAAGAAACGAAGUCAGUUGGCCCUCUCAAACAAUUUCCAAGAGCAAAUCAAUUAGGAAAGAAAGUCAAGCGUGUUGCUUUCUCUGACCGUAUCGAUGUCAACGAAAUCUCGCCUACUGGCAGUCUCUAUUCUUCUGCGGCCAAUGGCAUCUGGUGGAGCCAAGAAGACUACUCGAAAAUGCUCCUUAUUACCAAGCUCGCUCGUGAUAAUGACAGAAGCUCUGAGGUCUGCAUGGUAGGUCUUGAAGCCUGCAGUGGCUCUGAAUAUCAAAAGCGUAAAGAACGAAAAAUUCGCGUCAUUAGUGCUGUUUUGACUGCUCAAAAGAACCAAAAACUAGAAGGAAUCACUGACCCAGUGUACAUUGCAGCUCUGUCCCGUUCCUUCACGAGUGCAAGUGUUGAAGAAGCUUAUCUACGUGCAAGUGACGGAACGGCGAUUGAAUUACUGAGAGUAGAAGAGAAUAUUACAGAUCAAGAUUUGGUAGAGAUUAGAAUAUAG